UUUAAAAUGAAAUUCUUUAUUGUUGUCUUCUGUUUCUGCUUAUUCAAAUGUAUAGCUAACACAUAUAGUGACGAUUUGCCUGAAUCGUUCGAUUGGAGAGAAAAAGGAGCUGUAUUAGGUACUCCAACAGUACCAGGAAUAUUUUGUGCUAGAUCUGAUUGGGCAUAUGCAAUUGCAAACGCAGUAGAAACUCAACUUUUUUUAACAAAUGGAACUUUAAAAUCUUUCAGUCCUCAAUAUAUAUUAGAUUGUUGUUCAUUCUCUGAUGGUUGCAACAACGGUCCAUCUAUAGAAACAGCAUACGCAUGUUUAGAACGAAAUGGAGGGGUUAAUUCGCAAUACUCAUAUUUCGAUGGAAUGCAAAGACCUUGUUUCGGAGGGGCGAAUUUACCAAUAAAGUUCGAAAGAUGGAACAAAAUUAGCGAGGAAGAACUUAAAAGGCUUUUAGUUACAAGAGGUAUUCUCAAUGUAAUGAUAAACGGUGCAAAUCUUCAUAGUUACACAGGAGGAAUAUGGUUGUCUGACGAUUGUAAUAAAAGUAAUCCCGACCCUUGGACCGUAAACUUAAUAGGAUAUGGCAGAGAAAAUAAUACCGACUAUUGGAUUCUUAAAAACUGGGUUGACAGUUCAUGGGGAGAGGGCGGAUUUUUUAGAUUAAUUAGAAAUCAAAAUGCUUGUGGUAUUACUGAUACAGUUUUAGUACCAAUGGUUGUAGUGUAGCCUAUUUAUUUGUUUGUAAAGUAUCUUAAUAAAAAUAUAAAUAUAUAUACA